UAUUGCCCUAAUUAGGGUUUUGAAUUAAAGCUGUUGCUUUCAGCGAGGAGGAGGAAGAAGCCGAAGAGCAGAGAUGACGACUCGAUUGAAGAAGCACAGGAAGAAGAGAGGGCAUGUGAGUGCAGGGCACGGACGUAUUGGUAAGCACAGAAAGCAUCCAGGAGGCAGGGGAAACGCCGGUGGUAUGCACCACCACAGGAUCCUCUUCGACAAGUAUCAUCCUGGUUAUUUCGGUAAGGUUGGUAUGCGCCAUUUCCACAAGCUUAAGAAUCACUACUUUUGCCCCAUCGUUAAUAUCGACAAGCUUUGGUCUCUUGUCCCCGAGCACAUCAAGGCGAAGGCCACCCCUGAUAAUGUACCCCUCUUAGAUGUCACUCAGCACGGCUAUUUUAAGGUUCUCGGCAAGGGUGAGCUGCCUUCCCAGCCUCUUGUUGUGAAGGCCAAGCUUAUUUCUAAGCUGGCUGAGAAGAAGAUCAAGGAGGCUGGUGGGACAGUUCUCUUGACGUCUUAGUUAGGGUUUUUGAAGAUCUAGGGCUUUAGGUAUUUUUCAGCCGGUGCCGUAAACAUUGAUUGAUAUUACUUUUUAGCACUUUGUUAAAUGUUGCAAGCAAUGAUUUGGGAUUUUGGAAAACUAUUUGUACGAGAAUUUGGCUUUAAAUUUUUAAUUUUAAUAGCUUUUUUAAUUAGUUCAA